AUGGGCAGCAGCACGAGCCGCAGCGACUUCGAGUGGGUCUACACCGACCAGCCGCACACGCAGCGGCGCAAGGAGAUGCUCGCCAAGUACCCGGCCAUCAAGGCCCUGAUGCGGCCGGACCCGCACCUCAAGUGGGCCGUGCUGGGGCUGGUGCUGGCGCAGCUGCUGGCCUGUUGGCUGGUGCGGGGGCUGGCCUGGCGCUGGCUGCUCUUCUGGGCCUACACCUUCGGCGGCUGCGUGAACCACUCGCUGACGCUGGCCAUCCACGACAUCUCGCACAACACUGCCUUCGGCACGGGAGCCGCCGCCCGCAACCGCUGGUUCGCCAUCUUUGCCAACCUGCCCAUCGGCGUGCCCUACUCCGCCUCCUUCAAGAAGUACCACGUGGACCACCACCGCUACCUGGGCGGCGACGGGCUGGAUGUGGACGUGCCCACGCGCCUGGAGGCCCGGUUCUUCUGCACGCCGGCCCGCAAGCUGCUCUGGCUGGUGCUGCAGCCCUUUUUCUACUCGCUGCGGCCGCUCUGCGUGAACCCCAAGGCCAUGACGCGCAUGGAGGUGUUCAACGCCCUGGCGCAGCUGGCGGUGGACGCUGCCAUCCUCCACCUCUGGGGAGUGAAGCCCAUGGCCUACCUGCUGGCCAGCACCCUCCUGGGCCUGGGCCUGCACCCCAUCUCGGGCCACUUUGUCGCGGAGCACUACAUGUUCCUCAAGGGCCACGAGACCUACUCCUACUACGGGCCCCUCAACUACGUCACCUUCAACGUGGGCUACCACGUGGAGCACCACGACUUCCCCAGCAUCCCCGGCUGCUACCUGCCCCUGGUGCGGAAGAUCGCGCCCGAGUACUACGACCACCUGCCGCAGCACCACUCGUGGGUGAAGGUGCUCUGGGACUUUGUGUUCGAGGACUCCCUGGGGCCCUACGCCAGGGUGAAGCGGGUGUGCAAGCUGGCAGAGGACCCUGCCUCCGGGUCUCCGUCCUGA